GUAGUAUCAUAAAAUAAAGUGAUAUCGCCAUCUCUCUUUGACACAAACACACAGACACUGUGAGUACUCCUCUCGAAUUCACUCGUUAUCCAGCAUCCCCACAAUACAAAACACAGCUUUAUCACCCAUUCUCCAUUUCCCACUCUCAUUCGUCUUGUACAAUCAUCACUCUCUCUCUCUCCAUACCCCACCAUUCUUAACUUUUACUGCACAGCAACAUUCGUCCAUGGCAGAAAAAUUAGGGCAGUAGAAACACAAACACACACUAAUAUCAGGAAUUAGUAGAAAUGGACAUAGAUAGACCCCAUUUCCGCACCACUAGCACGGGUAGCAGCAGCAGCACCGCUGCCGCCACUUCCAGCGAGCUCUUCAUCUGCUUCACCUCCCGCCUCUCUUCCUCUUCCAUGAAACUCUCCAAAUCAAUACUCAGUCCCGGCCGCGCCGCCCGCGACGCCGGCCCCGCCUCACUCUCUUCCUCCCUCAGCCGCCGCCUCCGCACCAACGGCAGCCUCAAGGGCGGCCAAGCCUCCCCCUUCUUCACCACCACAGCCAAAAAAAGAGGCUGUGGCUUCGACAACCCGGAGCCCUCUUCCCCCAAAGUCACCUGCAUCGGCCAAGUCAGAGUUAAGACCAAGAAGAAGGUGAAGCAGAGCCGCAGCCUCUCCAAGCGCCGGAGUGGCGAAGUGAGUUUCAGAAAGAUGGAGCAAUCUUGUGGCGAUGCAGACGAUAAGAGAUAUUCCAACGCGAGCGCGCAUUAUCAAGCGCCUCAGGAAUGCCUGCCGCAGCACCGUAACCAGAGAUGGGUGCAUUUGCCGAUCUCGAUCUGCGAGGCGCUGCGGACGUUCGGGGCCGAGUUCAGCUGCCUGUUUCCCUGCAGAAGUUCUUGUUUCUCGACCAGUGAGAGAGAGAAGAGCGAGAAGAGUGAAAAUGGAUGCGGGGCUGUGUUUGCCCGGUGGCUGGUGUCCGUGAAUGACGGCGAGGGAGGGAAGAGGAGGGAGAUCGAAUUGGUGGUUGGCGGCGGAGAUGAGGAAGACGAGGAGGAGGAGCAGAAUAGGGUUUCGAUGAGGACUUCUAGAAGGCACGUGUUCGAGGAUAUUGAGGUUAAGGAUGAUAGGAUUGAGUUGAAGGGGCAGAGUUUAGAGAGAGAGGAAGAAGAAGCAGCUAGAGUCAGCAUUUGCAUACCGCCCAAAAAUGCACUCUUGUUGAUGAGAUGCAGAUCUGACCCCAUGAAAAUGGCUGCUCUCGCAAACCGCUUCAGCUGGGACGCCGCCAAGAAUGGAAAUGAAGAACAAAAUGUGGCUGAUGCCAAAGAUGAAGUUUUUGAGCAACAAGUUGCUGUUUCUGGGGAAGAAACAGCUGAGGAAAAACAGAUCAUAAAUGAAGUCGAAGACAACCCGGAAAUAGAAGGAGACCUCGAAGAAAUUAAGGAAGAGGAACUGGAGAUUAGCAGUGAGGAAAUGGUUGAAGAAAAAACAGAGGAGCUAGAGAUGCUAGUUGAGGAAGCUAUGGUGGUAGAAGAAGAAGAAGGCGGGGAGAAGGAGGAAGAGGAGGAAGAGGAGGAAGAAGAGGAAGAAGAAGAAGAAGAGGAAGAGGAAGAAGAAGUAGAGUCGAAUAUGUCAUCGUUUGAAGCUCUUCUCGACCAAGAAAAUGCAGAGCAGUUUGAAGAUUGCUGCCCAAUUCAAGACGAGGAAGAAGAUAGUCCAGUUUGCCAUCUUUCUCCCUCAACACAAUCAGAUGAAGAAACUCUUCAAAGCAACGAAGCGCCGCUCCUCCUUCAAGAACCCGCCGCCGAUAUGGACAAAGAAGCACAAGAGUCGAGUAUUAUACUAAAAGAGGCAGUUUUGCUAAACCGUGAGGAAGAAAACCAGGCGGCGGCGGCGGAGACCACCGCUGAUGAAGAUGAAGAAGAGCAAGCAGCAGCAGCGGCAAAACCAAAUGAAAAUCAACAAACGCAAGAAUUGGUGGUCAUGGCGAGUAACAAUGGAGAUGAAGAAAAGAAAGAAAAAGAGAAGCCGUUACUGCCGGAAUGCUUGCUGUUAAUGAUGUGCGAGCCGAAGCUGUCGAUGGAAGUUUCGAGAGAAACCUGGGUUUGCAGCACUGACUUCACGAGGUGGCUGCCGGAGCGGCCGCGCAGGGCGCCCAAAGCCGCGAAACCCGGCGGAUGCGACCACGAGCCUGUGAAAAGGCGGCUCAGCGUCGACUCCAAGCCUAAGCCUAUUAUCGACAAGAGUGAGCUCCACCAGCCGCCGCGGUCGUCGUGCUCUCUACCGGCCGCGGCGGCGGCGGCGUCGAUGGCCACCAUGAUAGAACAGAAGCUGGUCAAUGCGGUGGCGUACGAGCCGUUUGUGCUGACGAGGUGCAAGUCGGAGCCGAUGAGGACGGCGGCGGCUAAGCUUGCGCCGGAGUCGUGUUUCUGGAAGAACGCCGUGAGGAAGCUGGAGCCGCACAGGUGCGCCGCGAUGGGAGUCGGCGCAGCUGGAGUCGGCUUCUGAGCCGAGCUGAGCUGGCGUAAAAUAAGGAUUAUUGGGAAUCUUUUCGAGUUUAGAGCGUGAGUGAGAAGUGUAUUGGUGCACAGUACUUUUGCUUCCAAGGCAUGUUUCUUUUCUGUAAAUCUUUUUUUUUUAAUUUUUUUUUUCAUCUUUUAAGAAUUAGCUUUAUGAUACUCUAAUUAUUUUUUUAGAAAAUUUUAACAGCUUUUGUAUCUUCCAUUUUGCUCUUGUAAUGUAUUAGGUGGAGGUUAUCUACUUUUAGCAUGAAUCGCUUGUUUGUAUA